UUCUUAGCUUUUGCUCAAUCAAUUUUUUUUUUUUUUUUUUUAAAAGAUGGCCAAGAGAAAUGUUGCUGCUAAUUCUUCUUGAGAGGAGUACCUUGGCUUCUCUGGAUCAAAAGUUGGCCAUGGCCAAACACUGUUCUCAUGAGGGUGUGAUGGCAGGAGCCAAGGCAGCUGUUGUUGCUACUAUUGCCACUGCCAUUCCAACUUGUAAGGACAAUACCUUGGGCAAGAGCCAAUCUCAAUCCCACUGCUCAAGCUCUCAUAAUUUCCACAGUGGCAGGAGCUGCAUAUUUCAUAGUAGCUGACAAGACCGUUUUGGCAACUGCAAGAAAGAACUCCUUCAACCCACCCUCCAAUGCAUGAAUUCCAAAUGGAUAAUUUGGAUGUUGGGUUCGGAUGCACUACACUGGGCUAUCUUAGGCAUUAACCCAAUCAUGGAAGUUAUCAUAUAUGUAAAUGUAUUUAUAAUAAUAUUAUUGAAGGGAUUGCGUUUCAAAGUGAGAGAGCACAUAUGUACCAAUUAUCAGUUAAUUACAUGAAUGCAAAUCAUUCACCUUUCUACACAA